GCAGGCGGUUAGAAUUGGUAGUGUCCUUUCUCAAUGGCAAACUCUGAUGGGAGGAAUACCCCAAGGGACUAAACUCGGAGUGGUACUUUUUAUGGUCAUGACAAAUAGCUUACUGGCUAAUUGGCAUCUCCGUACAAAAUUCGUGGAUGAUACUUCAGUUCUCGAGAUUAUUCCUAGGAACUCUAUCAGCCUCCUUAAUUUUGCAGUCUCUGAUAUACAUGAAUUUGCUAAUGAACAUAACAUGAAGCUCAAUCCUAAGAAGUGUAAGGAAAUGCUUACAAACUUCCUACAUAACCCCAAUUUCUUACUCCGACCAAUCCAAGUUG